UGAACAGAGAGUCUGUCAAAAUCAAUAACCAGUAAUUGAUUAUCAGUGGUCAUAAAUGAGAAUAACUCCCUUGAACAGGUGAGUUUCUGUCACAUGGAGGCGUGAUCCUGUGUGUGUGUGUGGUUAAUAAUCUGUUGUUAAUCUCUGCGGACUUUCACCUGGAAGACACACUCUCUCUUUUCCUCUCUCUCUCUCUACAGUAUUCUGUGCUUGAUCAUCCAGCUGCAGGUGAAAUGGAACAUGACUGUAAGAGUCAGGAUCACCUGGAAGAGGAGCACCAGGUGAACCAGCCAAUUGGAGAAGAUGGAAAGAACAAACAGCCAACGGGAGCGCAGAGGCCAGGGUCAGACAUGAUUUACACUAUUGAAGAUGUCCCACCCUGGUACCUGUGUAUUCUACUAGGACUACAGCAUUACCUGACAUGUUUCAGCGGCACUGUAGCGGUGCCAUUUCUUCUGGCUGAGGCCAUGUGUGUUGGUCGAGACCAGAACACCGUCAGUCAGCUUAUUGGAACCAUUUUCACUACCGUUGGGAUCACAACUCUGAUCCAGACAACAGUGGGAGUCAGACUUCCUCUGUUUCAGGCAAGUGCGUUUGCUUUCCUGAUUCCUGCACAAGCAAUCCUUAGUCUGGACCGCUGGAAGUGUCCCAGUGAGGAAGAGAUUUAUGGGGACUGGAGUCUUCCACUCAACACCUCACACAUCUGGCAGCCGCGCAUCAGAGAGAUCCAGGGGGCCAUCAUCAUGUCCAGUCUUGUAGAGCUUGUGAUUGGUAUAUGCGGGUUGCCAGGUUUGCUGCUGGACUACAUUGGCCCGCUCACUGUCACACCAACUGUCUCACUGAUCGGCCUGUCUGUGUUCACCACAGCUGGAGACAGAGCCGGGUCUCACUGGGGCCUGUCAGCACUGUGUAUUUUGCUCAUUGUGCUGUUUGCUCAGUACUUGAGAUCGACAUCGCUUCCUGUUCCUUUUUACAGCAGGAAGAGAGGACUGACCUCCACCAGAGUCCAGAUCUUCAAAAUGUUUCCUAUCAUCCUUGCCAUCAUGUUGGUUUGGCUCGUUUGCUACAUUCUUACUCUGACUGACCUGUUACCAAGCAACCCCGAUCACUACGGACACAAGGCCAGGACCGAUGCCCGUGGUGACAUCAUGGCUUCAUCACCCUGGUUCAGAGUCCCCUACCCCUGUCAGUGGGGGUUGCCAGUGGUAACGCUUGCCGGGGUGUUGGGAAUGCUGAGCGCCACCACAGCAGGCAUUGUGGAGUCAAUUGGUGAUUAUUACGCCUGUGCUCGUCUGUCUGGAGCCACGCCCCCUCCAGUCCAUGCCAUCAACAGGGGAAUCUUCACAGAAGGCGUCUGCUGCAUCAUCGCUGGCCUUUUAGGCACAGGAAACGGCUCCACCUCCUCCAGUCCAAAUAUAGGCGUUCUGGGCAUCACCAAGGUGGGCAGCAGGCGGGUGGUGCAGUAUGGAGCAGGCAUUAUGUUCGUGUUGGGAUCAGUUGGGAAGUUCACAGCUCUGUUCGCCUCGCUGCCGGAUCCGAUCCUCGGAGGAAUGUUCUGCACGCUGUUUGGUAUGAUCACAGCUGUCGGUCUGUCGAACCUGCAACUGGUGGAUUUGAACUCAUCCAGAAAUCUUUUUGUCCUUGGGUUCUCGAUGUUCUUCGGUCUGACUUUGCCAACAUACCUGGACACACACCCCAACUCUAUCAGCACAGGUGUUGCAGAACUGGAUCAGAUCCUGACUGUUCUUCUGUCCACUGAGAUGUUUGUUGGAGGUUUUCUGGCUUUUUGUCUUGACAACACAAUACCAGGCACCAGACAGGAACGGGGUUUAGUUGAAUGGAGGUCUUCCACCUCUGCCUCCUCUCCCUCCUAUGAUCUUCCUCUGGGGAUGGAUGCAAUCAGACGUGCUCACUGCCUCCGGUGGUUACCCAUCAGCCCCUCCUUCAGAGGUUUCCGAGCGUCUGACGACCCUCCGCCGCCCAAAGAGAAAGAGGAGGAAGAACAGAAAGAGGAAGAGGAGGAAGCUGUUGACAUUGAUGUGCACAGUACAAAAGUGUGACUGUGAUGUCGUCAGUUGACGUUCACUAAAAGGGA